AAUACCAGGUUUGGCAUUCUUUGGACAGUUUUAGAAUGACAUCAUCCUCAGGUUGGUUAAUCAUAAACAACUAGUUUACAGCCUCUGUUGACUUUAUUGAGCUGCUUUUUGGACAUUGGACCUUUUUUUUCCAAAACUUCCAACUCUCACUGCUGUGUCGCUCAAAUUACCCAGCCUGUGGGAUGGGCCAGUCGAGGACACUGCAGGGAGUUUGUGUUAUUCUCAGUUCUGAACUCCCUUAUGAUGGUAGGCAGAGCCUACCAUUAGACAUACGAUACUAACUGAUGAUGCAAUUUUCCCAGGACUCUUGCUUCUUAAGGCCCUUUAGAUAGAUUAUGGUCCUUGCUGAUGGUGAGAAUUGGAAAACGUUGUCUCCACAAUUUUCAGGGAAGUAUUACCUAAUUGUGUCAACAGGAAUCCUCAAAUAGUAUCCCCAACAUGUUGCUCGCAGUUGGGGAAUGGAUCAACAUAAAGUCUUAGGUGUUAGAUAAUUUAGUGACAAUGACGUUCACUAGUUUACGGCGAUUUAAGGUGCCAGGAGAAUGCUUGACCCCUCGACUGGACAGCGUGGAGCUCCUGGAUCUACUCUUUGACCAACAGGAUGGGAUUCUUCGCCAUGAAAACUUCCACGCAAAUGGCAUGGAGAGUACAGAGUGCUGGGAGAUGGCACAGCCCAGUAUUCACAAUGGGAGAAGUAACGAAGAGAUCCUGUCCUCCAUUCUGGCAGAAGCUGUCCCUGCCUCCCCGCUCUGGUCCUCGGCUGGCAGUGACAGUGGGAUAUCUGAAGACCAGCUGUCUGAUCAGUUGGACAGCCCGCAGCAGCCAUUCAACAGCCCCCGAGACUUCGAGAGUUUCCACAGGGAACUGCCUUUUCAUCCUGGCCCAGUGUCCUGCUGCCCAGACCCUUGUCCAGGAGUUCCAGAUGUGACAUACCCAGAUGUGGAUUUCUCUAUUAACUGUGGUGACUGGAAUACUGAGGCGCUUGAGGAAGGAUCACGUAACAUUCCAACACAGCCUGCUACGAACAAUUUCCUCACACUCACUGUCAAGGACCUACUGCUCUCAAACAUGUCGGAGAAGAACCCACCACAGCCAUUCCAUGCCCGGGAGCUGGUGCUCAACGAAGAUGAGAAGAAGUUACUAAUGAAAGAAGGGACCACUCUUCCAUCCCAGCUGCCGUUGACUAAGCAAGAAGAACGGGUUUUGAAGAAGAUCAGGAGAAAGAUCCGGAAUAAACAGUCUGCUCAGGAGAGUCGCAAGAAGAAAAAGCAGUAUAUCGAUGGCUUAGAAAACAGGAUGGCUGCUUGCGCGGCCCAGAACCAUGAGCUACAGAGGAAGGUCAUCCAUUUGGAGAAGCAAAAUACGACAUUGCUGCAGCAGCUGAGAAAACUCCAAGCCUUGGUCAUGCACUCUACAGGCAAGACUGCGCAGACAAGCACAUGCAUUAUGGUGCUGGUGUUGUCCUUCAGUCUGAUCAUAUUCCCCAGCUUCAGCUCCUUCAGCUCCAAUAAGGGUGCAAAUGAAGGUGACUUCACUCCGAUACGAGUAUUUUCUAGGUCUCUGCACAAUGUGGAGUCGACCCGUGUGCUUCAUAUGUUGGCCAAGCCUCAGCAUGACAUUUCAGCAGGGAAGAAGGAGGAACGUAAAGACCAGCUCACUUUGGAGAAUACUGGCAUGGUCAGCGAACAGGUCCAAACUGUGAAUGACAAUGAACUCACUGGGGUCUUUGGAAGUCUCUCUCUUGGCGCAUCUGACGCUUUGCUCAGGAAUGGCACCGCUCCCAAGGACAUUACCAUCCUUGAAGAUCUCGACCCUGAAGAGCACAGUACAGAACAUGGGCAUUCACUCUGGACUAAACGGAGCUCUUCUGAAAAGACCGCUAACCAUGGAGAUGAAAUGUAGUGGGUUUUGAAUUAUGGGGAAUGUCAUAUUAAUUGAUAUUUAAAUUCGGCUGAUUGGGUUUUGAGAUUUAAGUCUUUCCAUCAGAAUAUAUUCCAAUAUUUACAGCCUCACAUUUUCAUAAUAACCAUUUUGCAGUCCAAAUAUAUGUGUUGACCUUCCAUUUCUUGGUUUUGUAUGGCCACAAUUUAUAUAUUUAAAUUUAAAAAAAAGUAAACGUUAGUCGUAAUGACAUUAAUGUGUCAAUCUCAGCUUCAUAUCAGUACUAUAACUAAUCUCUAAGCUUAUCAAGGCGAUCAAAUGAGCUGAUCACAUCUCGUGUGCGGGGUACAUUGUGUGAUUUUAAGUGAUCUUGUAGUUGCUCAUUCUUGAUAUAGAGACAAGAUCAGCUAUGUGAGAACUGUAAAUCACUCUGUGACAGUGUUGCCAUACUGAUUGGCCUCUCUCUUGCUCUCUUUCCUCUGACCUGCAAGAUUGAGCUUCAUGUUUUCCUGUCCCAGCCACUUCCAGUGAUUUCAUUCCAUCCUUAACUUUUGGUGCUUAAUUCUCCACUUCCAUGGUGGCCCUCUGAGUAAGGAGGGAUACCACCUUCACCACUGCUUGCUCAUUUUUAAUACAAGCACACGGGCUGCCUCCAAUGUAGUAAUCGCUGAUUAAGUUGUGUGAUUUACUUGUAACUAUCUCAUUGCCCUGACUUAUCUUCUCCACGGAUUCAUGAUCAUUCAUGAUUAAAGUAUCAUUCAUGAUCUUCCCAGCUCAGUCCGCUACCACUUCAGCUUCAUCCAACAUCCAUACCUCUCAUGGCUUAAAUCACCUUCUCUCAUCACCCAUCCCUCAUCCUCUCCCUCACUCCCCCAACUCAUAGCCCCAUCCUCGCAUCCUACAUUUUCUCUAAUCCACUCCCUCCUUCCUAUUCACUCUCUUGUCCCCAAUUACCCCAAACCAACCCCCUAUCCACCCAUCCCCCCACCCACCUCCACUCCCCUAUCCACCCACCUCCACUCCCCUAUCCACCUCCACUCCCCUAUCCACCCUCUCCAUCCUAUCCACCACUUCCCCCCAGAUUCUUGUCAGCGUCCAAUCUCAAUAUCCACUUCCGUAUACCAACUAUUCCAUUCCUACCUCAUAGUCCAUCACCUCCCUUCAUCAUUCACUCCACCACCCCCACCUAACUCCUUCCCCACCAUCCACUCCCAGCUCAUUGAUACUAUCUCCCAGGCUAUCGACCUGUACCUCACCAUGCUUUGUCAUGUGUAAUUGUGACUUUUGUCACUUUGCCAUAAAUGUGACUUUCCAAAGAAAACAAUUGAUUAAUUAACUUUAGAAUUUACUUUUAGGCCUUCUUUAAACUAUUUCAGUGUCGCAAUCGGAUUGAAUGUAAAUCAUUAAAAUUCCGCAGUUCUUUAAAA